AUGAGCAAAUAUAGCACGGUGAUCCUUCUCUUCGUUAUUUUUGGUUGCUCCAAAGGAGAAAAGCAGCUGCGAGGCUGGCUGCCAGAGUUUUGUGUGUUCGGCGAGCAAACAUGUCCCAAUCCGCGAGUUACUUUUUGGCUUUAUACAAAUCAAACCCGUGAUGAUCCUGUUCAACUGGAUCCCCUUAACCCACAAAAGGAUCUCUUCAAGAACCAACUGCCACUGAAAAUACUCAUUCAUGGCUUUAUUGGAAACAGGAAUUUGACACCGAAUCUGGAAGUAAGAGAUGUGCUGCUCCAAAAUCAGAACGUAAAUGUUAUCUCUGUGGAUUAUGAGACAAUGGUGCGCUGGCCGUGUUAUUUUCCCUGGGCCGUGAAUAAUGCCCCAAUUGUAUCCGAGUGUCUAGCCCAGAUGAUAAAUAAUCUAAUACGGACGGGCAUCAGCCGACGUGAGGAUAUCCAUUUGAUUGGCUUCAGUUUGGGUGCCCAAGUUGCUGGAAUGGUGGCCAAUUAUGUGAGCCAACCUCUAGCCAGGAUUACCGGUCUGGAUCCUGCGGGUCCUGGCUUCAUGAUGCAGGUUUCAUUGCAGCAAAAACUGGACUCUAGUGAUGCGGAUUUCGUGGACAUCAUACACACCGAUCCGUUCUUUUUCUCCAUGUUGCCGCCAAUGGGUCAUGCUGAUUUCUAUCCCAAUCUUGACCAGCUUAAUCAGAGGGGCUGCAGCUACAUCAGCAAUUGGAGAUUUUACAAUUGCAAUCAUUAUAGAUCAGCCGUCUACUAUGCAGAGUCGAUUACAUCAGGAAGGGGGUUUUGGGCUCAGCAGUGUGGUGGCUGGUUCGACUUUUUCUCUCAACGAUGCAGUUAUUACACCAACAUGCCUAACUCGCAGAUGGGUUACUUUGUGUCGAAUAAUGCAUCAGGCUCGUAUUUUCUCACCACCCACGAAGUUCCUCCCUUCGCAAAAGGACCCCCUGUUGAAGUCGAAUUUGAUGUUUCGGAACUUCGUAAGCUCACGGAAAUAGCAUUAAGUUAA